GCACGAGUCUCAAAUGCAGAGGAGAUCGUGAAGACGUACAGUAGAUGAAAUUCAGCACCUCCCAGCAAUGCUAUCCCACUGGACUUAACUGCAGAGUGACGGCAGGAAUUCCCAGAAAUACUGAAAAAUCUCCUCCAGGUUACCAGUCAUCAUGUCUGCAGAAUCGGCCUCCUCCCCAGGUGGACCCAAUGGUAUCAUUAGAAGCCAGUCCUUCGCCGGCUUCAGUGCACAGCAGGAGAGGAGGGGCAGGAGUCACUCCUUCAUUGGAAAUAACGGAAUCCUCAAAAAACCACAGGGGAAAUUAAAGAAAAUGAAUGUUUCGGUUCAUAAGAACAACACCACACCCAAGGACGUACAACCAAAGCGAAUGGAUGAAAUGUAUGAGGCACUGAAGAAGGGAUUAACUGAGUACCUGGAAGUGCACCAGACUGAGCUGGACAAGCUCACUACUCAGAUGAAGGACAUGAAACGCAACUCCAGACUGGGAGUUUUGUAUGAACUUGACAAGCAAAUCAAAGCUAUAGAGAGAUACGUGAGAAGACUGGAGUUCCACAUCAGUAAGGUGGAUGAGUUGUAUGAGACGUUUUGCAUCCAGAAAAGACUCCGAGAUGGAGCCUCCAAAAUGAAACAGGCCUUUGAAAUGUCGCCUUCUUCUAAAGGUGCCCGAGAAAGUCUGACAGAAAUAAACAGGAGUUACAAGGAAAACACAGAGGCCCUGUGCUCGCUGGAGGUGGAGAUUGGAAACCUGCUUGGAGAAUUUCACAUUAAGAUGAAAGGUUUAGCCGGUUUUGCCCGCCUUUGUCCUGGCGAUCAAUAUGAGAUCUUUAUGCGUUAUGGUCGUCAAAGGUGGAAAUUAAAAGGCAGAAUAGAAAUCAAUGACCGGCAAAGCUGGGAUGGAGAAGAAAUGAUCUUCUUGCCUCUGAUUAAUGAAUUAUUCUCAAUUAAGGUGUCAGAAUUGAAGGGUCUGGCAACUCAUCUCCUGGUCGGCAGUGUCACUUGUGAAACAAAAGACCUAUUCACAGCCCAACCUCAAAUGGUUGCCGUCGACAUCAAUGACCUUGGAACUGUGAAGCUAAACCUGGAGGUGACGUGGUAUCCAUUUGAUAAAGAAGACCUGACCCCAUCCACUGGCAAUCUGCACAAAGCUACCAGUAUACAGAGGCGCAGUUCCAUAUAUAGCCAAAGCACGCCAGAAACACCCACCUUUGAAGACUUCUCCUUCUUUUCUUCACAGCUUGAAAAUGGUACCUUUGAUGAAGGGAACUUGACUGGUGAAAACUCCAUCUCUCUUAAAGACUGUUGUCUUGCAAAUAGCAACUGUGACAAUCAGCCCAAACUGGCAUCCACUAGUCGAGUCUACUCUAACCCUGAAAUUAUUUUGAUUUCACCGGAUACUCAAGAUGAAGACUCAGAAUCUCAGUCACCAGCAGCACAGAUAGAUGGUGACUCAGCAGCUACAGAUACAAUAGAGAGAAUUGGUGAUUCGCCUUCAGCUGAAUCAGUGCCAGUAGAAGAGAUCAAAGACACUGGGGAUAUGUCACCUCUGCAAAUGAAACACCACCAACCACUGUCAGACCAUGACGGUGAUAUAUUUUUAGAACCUAAUGUCACAGUGGCAAUCCUUCAAGAUUCAGAUGAAAUGUCUGAUCUAAAGCCAGUGGAACUGGAUCCCUAUGAAGGUAAUCUAACCAAGCAACUGGUGAAGAGGUUGACUUCAGCAGAAAUGGGGCUAGCUUCUGAGGGGCAGGACUCCGAAUGCUUCAUCUCCAGUGAUUAUGCAGGAAUGCAGUCCACCUCAGGGAUGAGUCUGGAGGAAGCUCUACAAGGUCUUCUUCUUUCACUGGAACCGCACAAAGAGCAAUAUAAAGAACUUCUGGAUUUAGAUCAAGAAGUCAUACGAAUUGAGGACCUGCUGAAGUGCAAGCCAAGUGCUACUCAAAGCAGAGUGUCCAGUGUGAGUCUCACAGUUGAAAGUGCCCUGGAAAGCUUUGAUUUCCUGAACACCUCAGACCUGGAGGAUGAUGGCGGCGGUGAAGAAGCUGAUGGAUCUGAAUGCUCCGAGGUUGAGCCUCAGAAGAACACUGUGCCAGUGCACCCGGAAGCCAGAGGUCACCUCAGUGAGGCGUUGACAGAAGACACUGGAGUUGGCACUAGUGUUGCAGGAAGUCCAUUACCACUGACCACGGGCAAUGAAUCUCUUGAUCUGGUUAUCAUUAAGCACCUACAGCACUCUGAACAUCUGUUCCAGCAACUUCUAUCAUUUGAAGAAUAUCCAGUCAUUCGGGAUAGUCUCCUGGAAAAGAUUUCUCAACAGACCUGUGUGCUAGAAAACUUGAUUGAGCUCAGCAUGGAGAAGAUGGGGAGCAGUGAUCCUGUUUUAGAAGUUCCUCCACUCCUACAGAGACACCUGGAAUUGAAGUGCACCUGGUUGGAGAGUUCCUGCACCGGAAAUGCAUUUUAUGUGCCAGUGGACAGACUGAUGAAACAAAUCAGAAUCCAUUUUGGUGAAAAUGCAGACAAGACAAGUCCUGGUCAUUGUGAAACAGCUGUUCAGAUACUCAUGAAUCAGAUCCUAGAUAAACCUGAGAUGUUUCCUGGCCCUGGUGUGGAAGAGGUGAUAACCAUCUGGGAGUUUUUCAACUACCUGAGAAGCCUCAACACAUCUGACCUCAGAAGUCACCUGACACGACUGGCAAAUGAAGUCUCAAUACUGCGGACUCUUCAGUCCUUGCAGCCAGAAAAGAAGUUAGAGAUGUUGAAAGAACAGCCACUGGAGAACCUUCAACCUUUAGAGGAGACAUUAAAGAUGAUAGCUCUCCUUCUGUUGGAAGCCAACAGUGACCUGGUACACGCCACGACUUCCUACCUUGCCACAGCUUCAAAGGACAAGACCUUCAGAGAAAAGGCUUUGCUUUACUACACCAAGGCUCUCAUUCAACCCAAUGUCAAAUUCCAGAGGGCAGCUUGUGCAGCACUGAAAUGCAUCAACGCUUGUGAAAGUAUUGAUGUCCUGGUGGGUCUGUGCCAAUCAGAGAGAGAGGUUCUACGACAAGCGGCUGCUGAAUCACUACUCUCACUUGGGGAAGAAGGUCGCCUGGCUUACGAGCAACUGGAUAAAGUCCCUCAUGAAAUAGUGCGUCUUGCAGGAAGGCGAGGAAAUGCUGUUAGUACUGCCUUCUGAAGCAAAACUCUGCAACACACCACAGUAUUAAGGACUCCUCAGACUGAUGCUAGCUCUCAUGUCUGUCCUGAGCUGAACACUGUGGCAUGGUGGAGAAUGCAGGAGAUGUAGGACACACCCUGAACCAGGCAGAAAUCAUCCUCAGACCACAUCCCACCAACCAAAGAGCAAGCAAACAAAUCAACAAUAGAGUCAUUUUAUUCAAAUAUUUUUGUUACCAAAAUUAUUCAUAUUCUAUUGCAAUCACUUUAUUCCGUGUUAAUUUAUUUUGAGUCAAUUGAAAUGUUUUUAACUACUGAAUUUCUUGUUCACUUUUUAUUUUCGAGAUCACACUGGUUAUGUUUUGCUUUUUUAUUUGCACAUUUUAAAGAUUGAAUAUCAGGAUAUACAUUGUACAUAUUGCAACUCUAGUUUAGGUAGUCUUCCUUUUCUAUUUGCUUUCUGGCAUCCCAUUGAGGCAACAGGUGAAACAAGAGCCAAACAAACACGGGGAGUGCCUGGUCCAAUAGGGAUUAGUCCUUUGAAGUUACAUCUAUGGUAGAUGCAGUGAUUCAGCUUUUAGAAAUUAGAAGCAAAGUAUCUUCUGCAGGAUGUGACAGUCACUGUGUGUAUUUAUGGACAUUUCUCUAUUUGCAGGUUUAAAAUAACUAUCCUGCAGGCUAUGAUCUCUCCACCAGCCAAACUACACAUGGAGCUGGGAGGCUGAGAGUUAUUCUUCAGCAGUGACGGUGUGAGAUCGAAUUCUAAUGUUAUGAUGCAGGGUUAUCUGUGGAAUAUCAAAUUGACUGUAAACUGAGGACUGCAUUGUUGAUGAAUGGGAACAGUGGCUAGAGGGGAGUUGCCACUACUCGAAUAAUGUAUUGUAUAAUUAAGUAAGCUGAUUUAAAAUUGAUUUCUUUUCUUUGUCUUUUGGAAGUAUAAGCAGGACAUUUUUUGUUUACCU